CAACACUGCUGUUGUCUGUCUCAGCCAAAAUGUCUCAAGAUUAUUCUUAUUUUGGAUUCUCUUAUAUAAACAGAAAUGCAGAAAAUGAUGCAAAAAACACCACGGCUCUUAAUAAUGCUGCAGAUAUCUCUGUUAUUGUGGUGUACUUCCUGGUCGUCUUGGCAGUUGGAGUUUGGUCUAUGGUCCACACUAACAGAUCCACUGUAGGUGGCUUCUUCCUUGCAGGGAGGAGUAUGGUGUGGUGGCCGAUCGGAGCAUCGCUGUUUGCCAGCAAUAUUGGCAGUGUCCAUUUCGUAGGAAUUGCUGGUACUGGAGCAGCUGCAGGAAUAGCCAUUGGUGGAUUUGAAUGGAAUGCUCUUUUUGCCAUUGUUAUCCUGGGAUGGAUCUUUGUGCCCAUCUACAUUAGAGCUGGGAUCGUCACCAUGCCCGAGUACUUGAAGAAGAGGUUCGGAGGACAGCGCAUUUGCAUUUAUCUCUCUCUUCUUUCCCUUGUCUUGUAUGUCUUCACCAAAAUUUCAGCAGACAUUUUCUCGGGUGCAAUUUUCAUCCAGCAGGCCUUUGGGUUGAAUAUCUACCUCGCUGUUAUUGCACUUCUAGCGAUUACGGCACUGUACACUGUCACAGGUGGACUGGCAGCAGUGAUCUACACAGACACUUUACAAACCUUUAUCAUGCUUAUUGGAUCAUUCAUUCUGAUGGGCUUUGCUUUUAAUGAAGUGAAGGGAUAUGAAAACUUUGAGAAACUCUACAUGCAAGCUGUCCCCUCAAUCACGGGUAAUGUCAGUGCAAACUGCUAUGAGCCCCGGCCAGACUCCUUCCAUCUCUUCAGGGAUCCAGUUACAGGAGACCUCCCAUGGCCUGGUCUCGUGUUUGGACUCACUAUUCAGUGCAUCUGGUACUUUUGCACUGAUCAGGUGAUUGUGCAGCGCUGCCUCUCUGCCAAGAGUCUCUCUCACGUGAAAGGAGGUUGUAUCCUAUGUGGUUACCUGAAGAUACUGCCCAUGUUCCUCAUGGUUUUCCCCGGGAUGAUUAGCAGGAUCCUGUACACAGAUGUGGUAGCAUGUGUGGAUCCAGACGAAUGUGAAAAACACUGUGGGACCAGGGUGGGCUGCAGCAACAUCGCGUAUCCGAAACUGGUCGUGGAACUCAUGCCUAAAGGCUUGCGAGGUCUUAUGCUGUCUGUGAUGCUGGCCUCUUUGAUGAGCUCCCUUACCUCUAUCUUCAACAGUGCCAGUACUCUCUUCACCAUGGACAUCUACACUAAGAUCCGGCGCUCUGCUAGUGAGAAGGAACUCAUGAUUGCUGGCAGAGUGUUUAUCUUGGCCCUGAUUGGUGUGAGCAUAGCAUGGAUUCCUGUGGUGCAGGCUGCCCAAAGUGGUCAACUCUUUGUCUACACUCAAUCCAUCACCAGUUACCUUGCCCCACCUGUUGCAGCUGUCUUCUUGCUUGCCAUUUUUUGCAAACGUGCCAAUGAGACUGGUGCAUUUUAUGGCCUCAUAAUUGGGCUGUGUAUCGGCUUGAGCAGGAUGAUUACGGAGUUUAUUUAUGGGACAGGUAGCUGUGCUGCCCCCAGUAACUGUCCCACUAUCAUAUGUGGAGUUCACUACCUUUACUUUGGGCUCAUUCUGUUUGUCAUCUCCGGCAUCGUCAUGCUGGCAGUGUCUCUCAUGACCAAACCUAUUGACGACAAACAUCUGUAUCGACUGUGCUGGAGCCUGAGAAACUGUACAGAGGAGAGGGUCGAUCUUGAGAUGGAUGAUUGGACUGAUAACCAAGAUUCCAACAGUGUGGACUCAGACGAUGAUGAGCCUGGCUUCUUGAAGAAAGCGGUGAUGUGCUUCUGCGGCCUGGAAACCAAAAAAGCUCCCAAACUGACUAAAGAAGAGGAGGAAGAGCUGCAGAAGAAGCUGACAGACACCUCAGAGGUGCCUCUGUGGAGAAAUGUAGUCAAUGUCAACGCCUUCAUCCUUCUGUGUGUAGCUGUGUUCUGUCAUGCCUAUUUUGGCUAAGAGUCAGCUGAUUCCAACUGCUCUCUGACUCUCUAAUUUAUACAAAUUGAACAGACUGCUCAGUAGGCCUCAGCCCUAAAACCCUGUUUAACCCUGCUCAUAUUUUUAGAGCACUGUGUUUUUCUUUAUCACUUCCUGGUAUUUAAAAGUUUAAGUGAACCAGUAGACAGUACUGUAAUAUAUUAAUACGUAUUAGACUUAAAAAAUGUUGAAGAAGUGCAUAAAUAUGUACACAUUUGUAUGCUAUUUAUUGUUCUAAAAUGUCUGAAGAUCAUUUGGGCUAAGUAUGAAUUUUCUUCUUUAUCUUAAUGGUAAGUUUGAAAUAUUUUGUGAAAGAAGCUGCAGGUUAGCCUUCACUUGUAAAGAACAAUCCAGCACUGUGAUCUGUGAUCACCUUUGGGCUCUUGUUUGUGUAGGUAUUCUGAACCAUUAUUACAUUUAGCUUUCAUUACAGUGGUCACCAGGACAUAAAACCCUUGUGUAUAAAAUCACUAUUCAGAUCAGACAAAAAUACUACAAACGUUUAUCCUCAAAUAAUGUAUCAUAACGUUUCUUCUACCACCAUCUUUUCUGUUGCAGAACUCUCUCAGAGUUACACUCUGGUGCCAUAUCUUUUUCUUAUAUCUUCUCUGGCCUUCAGGCAAUAUAAAAAAGACAAUAUAAAACCAAUAAAACCUUAACUGACCAAAUAGUAACUACAAUAAUAACUUUAUUAUGCCGAUGCCAUAAAAAAUGUUGCUGAGUUUGGUGAAUCAUACGUUCAUGGAAUGCAGGGUGUUGCUUUUUGGGAACCACACCUAUGCCACACAGGGAUACCUGUGUCUUCACAACCAAAUAAUUACUACAAGCUAAGAGCAACCUUUGAGCAUUACAGGUGAGAACAGAGCCUUGAAUGCUAUCUUGUGGUUUGUUUAUCAGGUUUCAUGCAAAGUAACUGGAAACACAGCGUAAGGAAAGAAACAUUUUAUUUUUAACACAAUCUGUUCUUCAUCUGUCAGAGCUCAGUGACAUCUGGCUCAUAAAGCUGUUACUGUAGGGACACCUACUGGCAGCUGAUAGUAGUGUCUUUAGUCACAUCAUAAUAUGUUUUGCUUAUGCUGCAUCUAUUUAUUCCUGCUCUGUCCACUCUGAUGCUGUAAUAUUGUGAAUUUCACAACUGCUGGAAUAACAAAGACUAUCUUAUCCAAAUGAUAUAUUACAUGCAAAGGUUCACAACAUCAACUGUAUCCAUCCAUUAACUAUAACAUACAUACAUAAAAAACAUACAUAUCACCCUCUUCUGAUGUCUUUCCUUUGUUGUUUUGGUGUUGUUGUUUUGUUUGGCUGAAUAUUACAGGUAACAUUUUUAAUUCUGACAUUGGUUCUCAUGUAUUUUUCAGCCUGUCACAGACCUCCUCAAAAAGC